UCGAAAUAGUGACUUCCGUGUUCUGCUGUGUUGUCAUUUGAGAUUCUUGUGUUAUGAAAUUUGAGUUCAUCUUUCAUUUUCAUUUUAAUUAUAAGCGAUCAAAAUGAAUCAAAAAUCAAAAAUCGCUGGUGGCCAUGAUCAUCGUAUUGCUAUCUGUGAAUGUUUAGGCAAAUUACCAGUAUUUGUACCAUUGGAAACCGAUGGAACUUUGUUAGUUUCAAAGUUAUUUUCUAUUUUUCCUGGCGCCGUCAAUAUACAAUAUAUGAUCAGAAGGGAUGAAUGGCGUAUACCACAAAUUAUAGAUGGACGAAUUCAAGAACCACCGUUUGAUUUGGGUGGAUGGAAAUGUUCUGAAUAUUUUUAUUGUAUAAUGGCCAAAAAAACAUCAACGCUGUCAGAUUUCGAUGCAGUCAAACAUUAUGAAUCAUUGAGUUCGAGAAAUCUGUGCAACACUUAUUUUCGUGAUGGAUUCUGUAUGCAACAAAUCAAACAGGUUUGUUUUUCCGCACACGGAGAUUUUUGCAAUGAAUGCCAACAUUACGCUUUACAUCCGUUUAAUGUGGAUCUACGACAACAACAUGAAAUCGAAUGUAUGACAAAAAAAAUGCACGAUCAAAAGAUUGAUAUCGAAAAUUGUCCUGAAAACAUUGAUCCCGAUGGAAUCUAUGAAAAAUUGAUUUCAGGUUUGAUUUGUCCACGUUAUGAACGAUAUGGCCGUUGUAAUGGGCAAGAGAGACAAAACUGUAAUUUGGUUCAUGGUGAUCUAUGUGAAAUAUGCAAACAAUAUUCAUUACAUCCAUUUAAUGAACUCGAACGUGAAAAACAUCUCCAGCAAUGUAUCGAAGAAUUUGAAAUGAAACGAACUUGUUCGAUUUGUUUUGAAAUGAUUGGUCCAACAUCAACAUCCGAUUGUGGUGAUGAAAUCAAAUUUCAACAGAAUGAGCGAAGUUUUGGUCGAUUGAAAAACUGCUGUCAUAUUUUUUGCUGGACUUGUAUACAAACUUGGCGCACGAAAAGUAGUUCAUACGAUUGUCCAAUCUGUCGCGUGCCUUCAGAAUCUGUUUUUAAAUCUAGUAAUUGAAUGAGUCUCAUUUUCCAUCAUCGAUAUGUUUGUGGUCACAGAAACACCAUUGUAAAUUUUCCUCUGUAUCAACACUUUGUUAGUCAAACAAAUAAACGAAGAUUAUACAUUCAUAUAUGCAGAUGGAUUCAUUAUCAUA